AGCAAAACUGCUGCUCUAGUGCUCUGUGCCCUGUGGUGUAGGCCAUAGAGAGGCUACAUGUUUUUUCAUCUUUUUUUACUGUGAGAAUUUCCCGCCCAUUCAUGGCGGCAGCCAAAUUCUAGACUUUCGAACCGUCUCUCAGUUGUAAGUGUGAAGAAUCUGCCUGGCCUCCACAAAUAUCUCUGCAUUCAAUAUUCUCGUCGGAGGAGAAAAAUUAGGGCUCGUUACUUCACAUCUGCCAUCCAUCCCUCAACAAUGUCCGACGCUCAUGAAAUCUUCUCUCAGCUCGACAUAUCGGAACAUGAAAAGGAUAAACUUGUUGGGGACGUGAUCCGCUAUAUUCUCUUCAGAUACGAGCAAAACGGACGCUGUCCGAUCAAGAGAGAGGAGCUGACGCAGCUGAUUACAGGUAAAGGCUACAAGCAGAGGAAUUUGCCGGCUUUCGUGAUCAACGAGGCUAAAUCAAAACUCUCCUCGAUUUUUGGUUACGGAUUGAAAGAGCAUCAGCGGUCUCGGCCUUCGGCCAAUCCUGGCCGUGCUUCUCAACAGACUACUGGUGAUGCUAAGUCAUAUACAAUCUUAAGUGAGCUGCCAGCUGAUGUCUACAAAAAGUUUGUGGAGGAUACAAGUUUGUCACAUGAGAUGGGUUUUGCUUUUGCAGUUGUUGGGAUUAUUAAUCUGAGUGGCGGAAAAGUUAACGAAGAAAAUCUAUGGCAUCAUCUGAGGCGCUUGGGAGUGAACGAAAACGAGGAAAACCAUCCAAACUUUGGAAACACCAAGAUGGCAUUGGAAGCACUUGUCCAGCAAAGAUACUUGCAGAAAGAAAAAGUUAGUGGCCCAGAUGGCAACACUAUAUGCUAUGAGCUUGCUGAGAGAGCUCUAGAUGAAACCACUAAUGACAGAAUCAAAGAAUAUAUCACCCAGAUUGUGCAGAAGGAAGUCAACCCGGCGGAGGCCGAAUAAGAAAAUUUCUACAUGAGCUCGAAUUGUGCUUUUGUUCAAGUGAAGUGCAUUCUGAACUUUUUAGGUCUUUCGUCUCCUUAAAACUUUUUAGGGUGUUUUGAAGACUUCACUCUGAACUUUUUAGGUCUUUCGUCUCCUUAAAACUUUUUAGGGUGUUUUGAA